AUGACGAGCGACGACAUUAUCCACCACAAGAUCCACUUCAGACACGACCCGAGGUGGAGCGGCCGGCUGGGCCCCGCGGAGGAGGAGGGAGGCCGGCUGGGCCCCGCGGAGGAGGAGGGAGGCCGGCUGGGCCCCGCGGAGGGGGAGGCCGGCUGGGCCCCGCGGAGGGGGCGGAGGCCGGCCGGGCCCCGCGGAGGAGGGAGGUCGGACGGGCCCCGCGGAGGGGGAGGCCGGCCGGGCCCCGCGGAGGGGGGCGGCCGGCCGGGCCCCGCGGAGGAGGGAGGCCGGCCGGGCCCCGCGGAGGAGGGGGAGGCCGGCCGGGCCCCGCGGAGGGGGAGGCCGGCCGGGCCCCGCGGAGGAGGGAGGCCGGCCGGGCCCCGCGGAGGAGGGGGGAGGCCGGCCGGGCCCCGCGGAGGAGGGAGGCCGGCUGGGCCCCGCGGAGGGGGGGGAGGCCGGCCGGGCCCCGCGGAGGAGGGGGGCCGGCUGCUCUGCGUGGCCUGCGUCAUCGAGAUGAUCGAGAGUGACGACAUCGCGUCGGUGAGGAAGUCGUUUGUCCUGUCUGGUGUCAGUGGGCUGUUGAGGUCUUCUCCUGGGGCUUUGAGAGAGCUUCUCCAGCAGGACCUCAGAGUCUGUCUUCAUUUUACAUCUUCUCUGCUCGGGAUGCUUCACUCCGUGGAGGAACCGGCCACUCUGGGGAAGGUUGACCAAGUGCUGGUUCAGCUGCUCUUGGAGCUCCACAGCGAGCCGUCUUAUCGCUUCGUUUUGGAUGAGAUACACAAACAGCUCAGUGACCAGCUCAGUGUGAAGAGUCUUCUGCCCAUUUUCAACUUCUUGGGGAACCUGGUGGAAGCUGCCCCCAACCUCGCCUUCACGCUGGCGACUCAGUAUGCCUCCCUGCUGGAUCACCUGUGCUCGGCCCUCCUGUACCCCGAUGAAGUGCUGAAGGCCUCAGUCCUGUACGUGUGGCUCAGACUGUUUGGGACAGCCGGGGGCUUGGCUGCUCAGUCUGUACCUGCUGCCAUCAGGGACAGAGUGUGCGUCCUGCUGCUGCAGACUUUAGCCAACGCCAGCUCCCCUCUGCUCAUCAACAAAUGUGUUGGCCUGCUGUCGCUGCUGGUUCAGACAGGCGAGGUGGUGUCGGUUCUGAUGAAGAGCAGUCUGGUCCAGGGCAGUGAGAACCAGGUCACCCACAGCAACAACAGUCAGACCCUGAGCCAAACCCAAGACCAACAGCCCCCCGAGCUCUGCCCUCUGCCUCUCAUCCUGAAAAAGCUGCUGCUGAGUGGAGAUGAGACGUUGCAGGCGACAACUGCGAAGUGUAUUGCGUCCGUCCUGGUUCAUUCUCCCGCUCAGUUCAGCGCUCCCUUCAUCAAAGCCGACAUACCAGAGUUUCUGUUCGACCGGCUGGCUGGGAGCAGUGAUGAGGUGCUGCUGUGGUCUGUGUACAGCUGUCUGCUGUUGCUGACUGAGGACGCGCUCUUCUUCUCUCAGUGUCACGCCGUGUACGGUAUCGAGUCCCUCGUGCGCAGCCUGAAGGAAGCUCUGCGGCUGACCAACUUGGAGGUGCCUCAACAAGGCCUGCUGCUACUCACUGAGAUCCUGGAAAGGCAGCCCCCCAAUGUGCGCCUGUUCCCGAGCGGUGGAGGGUUUGUGGCAGUGUCAGAGGCGGUCUUAGCUGGAGUCUCUUCCUCCUGCAUGUUGGUCGCCACACAGGCUGCUAACGCUGGCUCCGCCCUGCUCAGGCUGAACCAUCAGUCUAUACCGGUCCAGUACCGGCAGAUAGAGGCGCUGAUCGAGACCGUCACCAACAGAUUCUCUGAGCUGACUCCACCUCCUCCUGCUCGCCAUCGAAGCUCUGCGAGUCUGAGGAGGUCAGACCCCAGCAGUCAGGCUUCCAGGUCUGAAGGUUUUCUGCUGCAGGCUCUGGUCUGCUUCCAGGCUGCCUGCAGGUUGGCUGAAGAGUGUGCAUCAGAACCGGUCCUAAAGGAGAACACAUUCACGGCUCCCUCCAAACACAGCGCGGACACACUGGAGUCUUUGUGUCGGUGUCUGCUGCGCUGCUGUGACUCCGUCUGGAUACCAGCAGUCAUUAGGACGUGUGAGCUUGCACCCAACCCUCAGAUUCUGCAGCACUUCUUCUCCGUCCUGUCAGCCCACUUCACCCUCCUCCCGUCCCUCAUGCCCGUCUUUGCAAAGAAGUUAGCGUCCUCUGGUUUCUACAGGCUGGCUCUGGAACACAAAGCACACCUCUGUGCAGGAAACAGGAACCCAAACCUGAAUGCGUCUUGCUGUGGUUUUCUACAGAAGCUCAGUAUGAGUCUGCUUGCUCAGUCAGACUCCUACCAGCAUGAUUUUGACGAGGUGGAGAAUCUUCUGCUGUACAACCUUCCCUCUUUGUGUUACCGUCUGUCAGACUGGCCCUGUCUGCUGUGCGAGGCCCCGGGGCUCCAGCUGUGUGAAUACAAAGGACCGAGGGCCACUCAGUUCUGUCUGCUGAUAAUGCUGCACCUCGCCCUGCAGCAAGGAGACAGGCUCCUCCCAGACUACACAGUGUUCUCCAGCGUGGUGUGGCUGCUGCGUUCGGUGCAGGAUCAGGGCUGCUGUGCCCUGCCUCUCUCCGUGCUCCGCUCUGCCCUCUACCUGCUGGCUGUGACGCAGGACAAGAGCCCCAGCCUGGACGGGGCUCCUGUAAACUGCAUCAGUAAGGCGCUCUCCUCCUGCCAAAGCUUCUCCUCUCUCUACAUCCACCAUCCCGCACUCCUCCACUUCAUCUUUCGCUACCCGGAGCUUGCAGAGAAAUUCGGGCCUCUGGUCUUGGAGCUUUGGUUGACAAAGCAAACAGAGUGCUCAGAUUCACAGCACACGAUGAUGGCUGGAGUGCAGGAGAAAGGAGAGAAGACAGACAGCCAAACUGAUGAGAGGCCAGAUCCAGAGAUGGACAGAGACACUGUGGAGCUCCUGACUCUCGUUGAGAAGUAUCCAGCCGUCAUACUGACGCUCCUGGAUAUGGUGUGCACCAGAGAGGCCCCCCUGGCAGAGCGAGCCCUGCGCGUGCUGGAUCUUCUUCUGCGCGGUCAAAGAGACUACGAGGCUGACUUGUGUGCGAAUCUUAAACCAACUCUGCUCCAGGCGCUACAGCGGCUCAGUGUGGAGAACAUGGGACACAGUGACCCAGUGAACUCACUCCCUCUGGUGCUGAAGCUGCUCUGUGUGCUGCAGACCAGCGACCCGCCUUCGUCUUCCUCCUACAGCAAGAUGGACGGCGUUCACUUCAAGCUGCUCUACCACGUGAGUAACAUAGCAGGGAAACUGAAGCCGACCAACACACAGAGCCUUCUACCUGCCUUCAACUACCUGUACUGCUGCCUGAGUCUGUCCCCUGCACACUGCACCGACAGAGCUGUCUCCAUGCUGCUCUCCAACAGUGGACUGAUGGACCAGCUGCAGACCGUCCUCUCCUCCUCCCCCCCCUCCUCCACCUCCUCCUCCUCUGCUCCACCCCUCCCUCCUUCAGGCCUGCUGUGCUGCUGCCAUCUCCUCCUGUCCUCGCUCAUUACCUUGCAGCACUUUCACUCCACUCAGGUCCAUACGAGCGUCAGAUGGAGUCUGGACUCAGCUGUGCACAGACUUCUUGUUCAGAAGAGGAACACAGACACUCUUCUGCUGGUCAGCUUCCUGAGGUUGCUGCAGGCUCAGCUUGACGUGGACCUGGCCUCAGCAGUGGUCUGUGUGAGUUCUGGUUCAGGUUUGGUCGGGCUCAGACCUCUGGGAGUUGAAGAUGGUGCUUUAUACCCGCUUGGAACCAGAGGCGCCCAGCUCCUCUCUGCCGCUCUCAGUGGACUUCUCCUGCAGGUUGUAGUUCUUGGCGUGUCGGCCUCUCGUUCCACACCGCUGCCGUUUCUUCUCCGUGUGGGAGACUGCACGGCUAAGCUGAGCUCAGCGCUCCGGUCCAGCGCUCUGUAG